AUGAACACCCUUUAUCUGGGAUUUUUCUACAACUCUAUCACGGCUCUUCACCCCUCCCUCCCCAUCCCCAUCAUCUUUCGCGAUAGAUACCAUGAUGCGCGAUAUCACCUCUGUCUGCGUCGGUGUCUGCCUCUGCGCUUGUGUACAGUCGGCCAGCGACCCCACCCUACCUUCGUCAUUCAGAUGGAAGAUUUCAGCGGCUACUUUGUGAUUGCAGAGAGAAUAAGUGCGGGCGCUUGUGUCUCCCGAUCCUCACCCGUCUGGUGCCCAUUUUAUUACUGUCUAGUUCGCUCUUCUGGAGCUUAUAUUCUUCAACAGGCUCCAAAGAGCCUGCAAGGCAAAAGCAAGAAGCGAUGUCAGAUGAUGAUGGCUUUCGGCCGUGAAACUGGAACAGCAGACCUAUUCCACUCGAGCCCACACACUUGUCAUUAUCAAGCGAGCGAAGAUGUAUUACAGCCGAAAGGAGACAUGUGA